CAGGUUAGGUUACAAAAUCGAAAGCCCAAUUCCCCCAAUUUGCUCCGCCACUCAUAAAGUUUCCGUCUUUUCUUUUUGCGCUCUCUCCAUCCAUCGCCGCCAUCGCCAUCCACACCAAACCCUAAUUCCUCCGCCUCUCCAUCUCUUCGGCCGGAACCCACCGCAAUGUCUUUCUCCCACUCCGACCACAACCACGAUCCCGACCGCCGAUCCCAGCAGCAACCACCGCAGCCCCGUCUCUACAACCCGUACCAGGACCUCAACACCCCGAUCAAAACCCUCUACAACCUACCCACAUCGCCGGAGUACCUCUUCUCGGAGGAAUCCAUCAAGCAGCGCCGCUCGUGGGGCGAGAAUCUCACCUUCUACACCGGCACCGCCUACCUGGGCGCCUCCGUCGGAGGAGGCGCCGCGGGGCUCUACUCAGCGGUCAAGGCGUUCGAGCCGAACGAUACGCUCAAGCUCAAGGUGAAUCGCGUCCUCAAUAGCUCCGGCCACGUGGGCCGGGUCUGGGGGAACCGGAUCGGGAUCGUCGGGUUGAUCUACGCGAUGGCAGAGAGUGGGAUUGUUGCGGCUACGGAUCGGGAUGACGUUUGGACCAGCGUUGCGGCCGGGCUCGGGACCGGCGCCGUUUGUAGGGCGGCGAGAGGGGUGAGGUCUGCUGCUGUCGCUGGGGCUUUGGGAGGGCUGGCUGCAGGAGCUGUGGUGGCUGGGAAGCAGGCGAUGAAGAGGUAUGCCAUGAUUUGAUCGGAACAGGGGAGGACGAGGAGAAAGGUUGGAGCUUUGAGGUUAGGGUUUGAGCUCUUGUUUUAGACUUCUCCUUUAGCCUUAUGGUUGUUUUGUAAUAAGAUUUGAUAUGCUGUGUUCUGCUCCAGUUUUGAUCGUGAUAGUAGAAAUUUGGUGGAAUGGAAAUUAGGAAGAAGAAGAAGAAGCACAGGGAGAAUGAAUCAAAGGAAAGAGUAGUUAGUUGGUAAGUGUGGAAAAAUUCAAUGUUAUUUUGGCAUGGAAGAAUCAUGCUGUGAUGAACAACAAAAAUUUGAUGAAAUGUAUAAUGGUGGUGUUCUCAUUUCUCUGGUGAUGUAAUUCGCCGACUUUGUUCGAAUUUAAGGAAUAACAUUCUGCUGCUGCUUUGAUAUAGAGCUACAAAUGUUGUAGUGCAUUUGUGUUUGUGCUCCGGCGUGGUUGCGUAAUAUCUGAUCUCAAUGAGUAUCCUUGAUAAGGAAAUCUAUGCUGUUUGGAAGCUUUUUUUUGUGCUGUGGAUCUGUUGUUGCAGGUCAUCUUUCAGUUUAGGAUCUUAUUAAGCUGCUAGUGCUGAGUUUUAGUUCAUCCAUCAGAUGUAUAAUGCAUCAUGCAUGUAUGCUUUGGCUGCAGCUUAUUCCUUAAUCCUGUACCUCUCAGCUGUGUCGAACCGUUCUUGAUGUUACUUUCUAGGUAGAGGUCUGUUGGUCUUUUAUCCAACUAGGCAAUCUCCUGCUUUAUACCAUGUCUAGGAUGAAAUCUUAAUGCAGAGUGCCUGACAGUGUGCAUGGUUUGUUCAAAAAAAGAAUGGAUUUGAA